AAGUCAAAUAGAUAGGCAAUCGAGUUGAAUACAAAACCAUUAAACCAGUCUGAAAGCGAUGUCCAGCAAGAAAUCAAAAACUCUGUAAACAACAACGUAAAGCUCCAAGCCACAGUGUAUUGUGGAAUUACUGCAUGACGCUUUAACCGGUAUAUCCAAAAAGUCCAAGAACUCUGCAGUUUUUCGGCUCGCCGAAGAAACAGGACACAAGACAGUGUCGAACUGGAGGUGCCAGAAGAAACGUCGGAAUGAGGUACACAAUCCACAUAAUUAGCCUGAUUGUGGCAUUGGUGGGCGCUCAACCAGUUGAUGAUGCCUCAUUGAUUGGUGACCUGUUUCCCACCGAGAAAAGCGACGACUUUAUGAAAAAUUACGUGGAAGUAACAACACCGAAAGGUCAAAGUUACGGUGCUUUGGAAAAAUGCGGCGAAGGAAGUUCUGAAGGAGUGAACAUUUGCGUUCCAUAUCAUCUAUGUGAUGGCGUCACUAAAACUGUUAUUGAGGACGGAUCAACCAAUGGAUUUGGAUUGAUUGAUAUAAGAUUUGGAGGAGAAUGUGAACAUUACUUGGACGUAUGUUGUGGACUUAACAAAAAGGACGAUAUGAAAAACCCCAAUGUUACACCCGAGCCCUCAGUUGAUCCACUGAAGCCAACCUCAACAUCAACUACAACCACUGCACGACCAGUCACUUCGUCUACGACUAUGCAACCGACACCCAGACCAAGUUCCAUUAAGUGCGGAAUACGGAAUCCUAAUGGAAUCGACUUUAAAAUUACUGGAAACAAUGUGGAUCCUUUCAGGGACAACGAAGCAGAAUAUGGUGAAUUGCCUUGGAUGAUCGCAGUGUUGAGAACAAAUUAUCAGCCAUCCAAGAAUGAAAGUCUGGCACUCUGUGGAGGUUCAUUGAUUGCACCUAAUGUGGUGCUGACUGGGGCGCAUUGCGUUGCCAACUUGCAGCUUGAUGAAUACAAAGUGAGAGCUGGAGAGUGGGAUACUCAGACCGAAAAAGAGCGACUGCCUCAUCAAGAGAGAGCCGUAAUCCAGGCCAUUAUCCAUGAAAAAUACGCCCCUAAUGUGCUAUAUAAUAAUAUCGCUUUAUUAAUUUUGGACAAGCCUUUUAAUCAAGCAGAUAACAUCGGAACUAUUUGUCUACCGAGUCAGAAUGAGAAUAUCGACUCGAGGAAAUGUUUGGCUAGUGGAUGGGGCAAGAACGUAUUUGGUCUCCACGGAUCUUAUCAAGUGAUUCUCAAAAAAAUCGAACUUCCUAUGGUGAGUUUCCAACAGUGUCAGAGCGCUCUUCAGACCACUCGAUUGGGCAAAAGGUUCAAUCUUCAUUCUAGUUUUACGUGUGCUGGAGGCGAGCAAGGAAAAGACACCUGCACUGGUGAUGGUGGCAGUCCGCUGGUAUGUCCAGAUUCCACUAAUCGUGGACGUUACGUCCAAUCCGGAAUUGUGUCUUGGGGAAUUGGAUGCGGCGAGGAAAACAUUCCAGGAGUGUACGCCAAUGUGGCGAAAUUUAGAAAUUGGAUAGACGAUAAGCUGUCAAGACUGAAUAUUAAUAGUAAUUACUAUACGAUUUAACAAUAAACUCUAAGACCUAAUCGAA